GUCUAAGGGAACGAAUAAGCACAGAAUUAAAAGCAUUUUCAGCCUGAAUUUUUAAGGGGUGCACUUAGGAACUAGGCAAGCUGAUUUAUGAUAACUAAGCUUUAAACUCCAACAACCAAAGGUGUAAGAAUUAGGAGCUGCUGACAUUUCAGUCAAUAUGAAGGACAACUUCACCCUUGCCACCAUCAGCAAAAACAUUACCAGCAGUCUUCACGUCGGACUUGUGAACAUUUCUGGCAAUGAGUCUACCUUUAACUGCUCCCAUAAGCCAUCAGAUAAGCAUUUAGAUGCAAUUCCUAUUCUCUACUACAUUAUUUUUGUGGUUGGAUUUCUUGUCAAUACUAUCGUGGUUACACUGUUUUGUUGUCAAAAGGGUCCUAAAAAGGUUUCCAGCAUUUACAUCUUCAACCUGGCUGUGGCUGACUUACUGCUUUUGGCUACUCUUCCUCUCUGGGCAACCUAUUAUUCUUACAGAUAUGACUGGCUCUUUGGACCUGUAAUGUGUAAAGUUUUUGGUUCUUUCCUGACCCUGAACAUGUUUGCAAGCAUUUUUUUUAUCACGUGCAUGAGUGUUGAUAGGUACCAAUCUGUCAUCUACCCCUUUCUGUCUCAAAGAAGAAAUCCCUGGCAAGCAUCUUAUAUAGUUCCACUUGUUUGGUGUAUGGCCUGUCUGUCCUCAUUGCCAACAUUUUACUUCCGAGAUGUCAGAACAAUUGAAUAUUUAGGAGUGAAUGCUUGCAUUAUGGCUUUCCCACCUGAGAAGUAUGCCCAAUGGUCAGCUGGGAUUGCCUUAAUGAAAAAUAUCCUUGGUUUUAUUAUCCCUUUAAUAUUCAUAGCAACAUGCUAUUUUGGAAUCAGAAAACACCUACUGAAGACCAAUAGCUAUGGGAAGAACAGAAUAACUCGUGACCAAGUCCUGAAGAUGGCAGCUGCUGUUGUUCUGGCGUUCAUCAUCUGUUGGCUUCCCUUCCAUGUUCUGACCUUCCUGGAUGCUCUGGCCUGGAUGGGUGUCAUUAAUAGCUGUGAAGUUAUAGCAGUCAUUGACCUGGCACUUCCUUUUGCCAUCCUCCUGGGAUUCACCAACAGCUGCAUUAAUCCCUUUUUGUAUUGUUUUGUUGGAAACCGGUUCCAACAGAAGCUCCGCCGUGUGUUUAGGGUUCCGAUUACUUGGCUCCAAGGCAAGAGAGAGAGUGUGUCAUGCCGAAAAAGUAGUUCCCUUAGAGAAAUGGAGACCUUUGUGUCUUAAACAUGAGAGUGGAAUGCAUGUUAUCAACAUGGUUACUUGGUUUGAGAUCUCCCUGAAUUAUCUUUUAACGGCUUUAGUAAAAUAACAAGUUCUUCCCUUUCAUGUAAUCUUCUCUCACUCUUCUAGAACAGGAAACCAAAUGUAACUCUAAGUUUUAUCCUCCAGUGACUUUCAAGAAUUGCCCACCUUUUUUUUUUUCUGGUCUAUCUGUACUAGACUGUCACUGGGGAGAUGUACCCAAAACUGAGAAGUAACUGGGAAUUUAUCUCCAAUUAUAAUUAAUAGGAAGUUAUGAAUGAUGAUUUGGAGUUUCAGAUUUCUCCUUGAGAUAUGCUGGAGUUUUUAUUGGUUCUUAGAUCCAUUUUCAUCAAGCUUUCCUCUUGAACCAAGGCUGGUCUUUUAACUCACUGCACUAUUUACAAGACAUUACGCUAAAAUCAAUGAGCACUUCUAAGUGCAGUGUACUACAAUAGAUUGGUACCAGUUAUUCAGGCUCUAGGCAUAUGCCUUCUACUUUAUAUUAUAAAUAAUAAUCCUUUUAUAUUUCGCUUGAGCAUAAGUUUGUAUUUAAGGUAUAGCUACUUAUUGAGUAGGGUUAGGAAUAUAGAUUAGAUCACAUGUACUCCUACAUUUUAGCUUUUAUUUAGAGUUAUAGGAAGUAAAAUGUAUAAUAACAUAGAUUUGCAAUAAACAAAUAUUUGUUCACUAAAGUCUGAAUAAACACUUUUUAAACUUUCUAUCUAACUACUGUUUGAAGGUUUCUAUGUUCUCUGAUAAUUUUUUGAAAAUAACUAAACAGUGUUUAGUGUAUAAAAUGUAAAGGUCAUUUUUUACAUCCUUGACCUUUGGGAUGUGGUGCUUUGAUAUAUAGGAAGUUGACUUGAGUUUUAUUAUUGAUGCUUUGGUUCUGGGUUGCUUCCCAAAAUAUCUGGGUGGCUUAUUUAACUCUUUACUUUGGAAUAAACCCUUAAUGGGCAUAGGAAAAGAUUAUGUCAAAAUGGAAUUUUGACACCCAAGGAGGACAAAGAGAUCCAGCAAAUGACACGUUUGGUGUCACACAACAAACCUGUCAGGGCAAUGCAAUGUGGCUUUGAAAAUAUAGACCAUGGGGUAGACUUAACCUAUACCUAUGGAUACUGCUUGUUCCAGAAUUUAUAGAAUUCUGCGGAACUCUUCUAUACCAAUCACUGGUCCAUAGAUCUCCUUUCAACACUAUCAGAACUCCAAAGUUUGAGGAGUGCCUGAAACUGAGUGAGGUACCUAGAGUUAACUUAGAGUAUUCAUCUUAAUUUUAGAAGUUAGAGAUUUCAUUCUGCACCAGCCCCAUAUUAUAUCAGGUUAUCUAGGACCUUCCUAGACCAAUACUGACCUCUGAGGUAGAAAUAAAGUUACAGAAGCUUGGUGUCUUUGCCGGAUUCCAGGGCUAUAGAUCCAAAAAUACUCUGGCUCCACUUUCUGGGAAAGUCCUAAUUUCAUGUAAUCUAUUAUUAUCAAUAAAAACAAAUUGCUAAAUGUAUAAGCAAA